CGCUUUGGCUUAAAGCUGCAGCUGUUUGUUCGGUAAGAGAAGCCGCUGAACGCCUCCUGCUGUGUGUGUGUGAACUCGGGCAGCCGCAGAAGGCUGGUGGUUGGGUUGUAACAGCAAGACAGAGAAAGUUCAGCUGCGCUGCCUGUGAAGCUCAGGGCUCGUCGAUACGGACUCAGUUCAGCAUCGCGAUAUCUUUUACAUGCAGUGGUGGACGGUAACUGAGUAACUGAAUGCAACAUGAGUGGCGGCUUGGCACCGAGCAAAAGCACCGUUUAUGUUUCCAAUCUUCCGUUUUCUCUGACCAAUAAUGACUUGCAUAAGUUGUGCACUAAAUAUGGAAAAGUUGUUAAGGUGACCGUUGUGAAGGAUAAACAGACACGGAUGAGCAAAGGCGUUGCGUUCGUGCUGUUUCUGGACAGGGAGUCGGCACAUAAUUGUGCUCGAUCACUAAACAACAAACAAUUGUUCAGUAGGACCGUGAAAGCCAGCAUCGCCGUCGAUAACGGAAGAGCUGCCGAGUUCAUUCGGAGGAGAAACUACUCGGACAAGUCCAGGUGUUAUGAGUGUGGUGAGGAUGGUCACUUAAGCUACUCAUGCCCAAAGAAUUUGCUUGGAGAAAGAGAACCUCCCCCGAAAAAAGAAAAGAAGAAGAAGAAAAAGAUAAAGCACACUGAAGAAGUUGAGCCUGAAGAAAGUGAAGAUGAGGGAGAAGACCCUGCAAUUGACAGUUUAAGUCAGGCAAUUGCUUUCCAGCAAGCUCGAAUGGAGGAGGAAGAGAGACGAAGGAAACGGGCCACUGAAGACUCGAGCCAGGCUUCCACAUCAGAGGACUCUCAUAAACCCAGGAUCAAAAAGAGCACCUACUUCAGCGACGAGGAGGAGCUCAGUGACUGACGAGUAUUUGGACGUUGAGAUGCAGUGAGGUUAUACAUCAGAGCUUCCUCAAAGGCUUAUCAAGGUGAUGGAGGUGAAAUAUCGUUAGGUUAUUUUGUCACUCGGUUCAGUUCAAAGCUGUAGCUCAGAACACCUCCGCUUGAUCCCAGCAGCUGCAGGUAAUACGAGAUUCUCUCACUUCUAAAUCGUGAAUCACAUCUACAUUUAUGUUCAUUAUGGUUAAUCGUAGUAGUAUGUUUCUUUUAUUUUGUAAAUAUAGUUCAGACCACUGUUUCUAUGUCCUGAAAUGUGCAAAUAAACUUUCUGGUGAACUCUGAAGGCCUUAA